GUCUUGUGUAGCCGGGAGACGUGUUCCCUGUUUAUUAAAGUAACACUAGAGUUCACUUGUGCUGGAGCGUUUACACCUUUGUUGUUACAAUGAAAACAUCCGGAUCUGUGUAAAGCUAAGCAAAUUAUAAGACUGUUUCGUUUUAGCAUUAGCAAUGAAUACGCUGUUCGCGGUCACUUUGGUGUUUGUCGGUUGCUGCAGUAAUGUUGUGUUCCUGGAACUUUUGGUCAGGGAUUUCCCAGGAUGUGGAAAUAUUGUCACAUUUGCUCAGUUUGCCUUCAUAGCACUGGAGGGCUUCAUCUUUGAGACAAACUUUGGACGCAAAAAGCCACAAAUACCCCUCAGUAACUAUGUGAUCAUGGUGACCAUGUUUUUUACGGUCAGCGUGAUCAAUAAUUACGCCCUGAACUUUAACAUCGCCAUGCCUCUGCACAUGAUCUUCAGAUCAGGAUCUUUAAUAGCAAACAUGAUUCUCGGCAUUAUCAUCCUGAAAAAAAGAUAUUCCAUGAGUAAAUAUCUCUCCAUUGUUCUCGUGUCUGUUGGCAUUUUCAUCUGCACGAUAAUGUCUGCAAAACAAGUGAAUGUUGAGAAAGGCGGCACAGAGGAGGAUGGAGUUUAUGCCUUCAUGCAUUGGCUUCUGGGUAUCGCCAUGUUGACGUUCGCUCUGCUAAUGUCUGCAAGAAUGGGCAUUUUCCAAGAAACUCUGUACAAGAAGUAUGGCAAACACUCCAAGGAGGCUCUGUUUUACAAUCACUGUCUGCCAUUACCAGGGUUUCUCCUGCUGUCCACGAACAUUUACAAUCACGCAGUUCUCUUCAGCCAGAGCUCUCCAAUGGAGGUUCCUGUGAUUGGUCUGUCUAUGCCGGUCAUGUGGUUUUACCUGCUGAUGAACGUCAUCACCCAAUACGUGUGUAUUCGCGGCGUGUUUAUCCUGACCACUGAAUGCGCGUCGCUAACAGUCACUCUGGUUGUAACGUUGCGCAAGUUCCUGAGUCUCAUUAUUUCAAUCCUGUACUUCCAAAAUCCCUUCACAGCCUGGCAUUGGGUGGGAACGGCUGUGGUAUUUCUGGGAACGCUGCUCUACACAGAGGUUUUGUCCAGCAUUCCUGCAGCUUUUAAAGGAUAUAAAGCCGACAAGAAGGCCGAGUAAACCGUACACGAACUUUAGCUCAGUGCAGUUGGGUUUCAUUGUUGUGUCUCAUAUCAUUUUUCAUCUCUAAUUUAUUCAUUGUGAACGUAUGAGCACUUGAAGUACAAUUUUAUAGCUGUUUUUGAGCCAGGUGUGCGUGUUAAGAGCGUUCAUAUGUUCACUCGUGCAGUCCUUGACCUGUUUUCAACUCAUUUUAUGUUUAAAAUCAACAUGAUGUAUUUUUUAUUUCCGAAAGAUUCAGGACUUGCAUCUGCUUCGUAUUAAUGCUCACUACAAGUUAGUGCUAUUUAUAUAUUUACCAUUUUUAAACACAGCCAAUUUUAGGCAUUCAGAAAAUAUGUUGGCCCCACUUCCAUGUUUGUGUAUUCAGGUGAAAUAAUGCAGUAUGUAUGUGACUACAAAUAUUGUAGAUCUCAUAGUCGCUUUUAGCACAUCCGUAAGGUGAGUUUCAGGAUGAGUUUAAGCAAUACUGUAGAAAACCAGACUGCCAAUAUUAUAGAAAAUAUCUACAGAUGUUAUGUUCAUAUUAGCAAUUUUGCAUUAUUUUGCGUGAGAAAUUAUUGUUUUUAUUAUUUGUUAUAUCAGUUAACACUAGCUGAGCCCUUAUAUACUGAAGGAACUCUUUGAUUUGUAGCUCUUUUCAAUCUCAUUUGAAAUUUUUAUUGGUCUGUUGAGCUGCAGUUUAUAAUAACUAGGAUUAAUCCAUUUCUUUUCAUGUUCUAGUGAUAUAUUUUUGGCUUUAAAAGUGAUUUUGUACCUCAUUGUGACUGAGUGAUUGUUAAUAAUAACUAGGGUUUUCUGGGAGUAAUGCAUUGUUUGUUGUUUAUAUUGAAUUUGGGAGCUCACAUAGAAGCUAGUUUACGAAAACUGAUCAUGGUUCUUAUUUUUUUUUGUCCAAAAUAUAGAAUUAAAUGCAGUUAUUGUUAACUUUGUAUAAUUAUAUUACUAAUGAGCUUUCAUUGUAUGAUGUAUAUUUAAUAAUAUUAAUAGAUUAAUAUUUCAAAA